GUGAAGGAUAUAUCGAAAGACUUAGACUAUUAUUAUGUGAUCGAACAGCUGAAGAAGGCGUUCAAAGUGUGGUCCGACGCCUCGCAACUCACUUUCACGGAGAACCGUCGGCCGGACGCAGACAUUAUCAUCUCAUUCUUGAGCGGAGAACACGGCGAUCAGUACGCCUUUGACGGUCCCGGAGCUAUACUCGGACACGCCUUCUUCCCGGCCGACGAUAUCGGCGGCGACGCCCACUUCGACGCCGACGAACAGUGGGAUCAGCGACAGACCAACGAAGUGGACCAACAGCCUGGGGGUUGGCGCGGGGUUAGUCUGUAUUCAGUGGCCGCUCACGAAUUUGGCCAUUCAUUGGGUUUGGCCCACUCGUCAGUCUCGGGUUCCCUAAUGUUUCCAUACUAUCAGACAAUUAGUGAAGACUUUCGGCUGCCAUACGACGACACGGUUGCUAUACAACAACUUUAUGGUGCUCGCGACCCAUCCCGUCCGGGGCCGUCAUACCCAUCACUGCCAACGCCUAACUAUCCUCAGACCAACCGUCCGACUCAUACAAAGUUGUCAACAAUACCUAAGUUUUCUUCUGAAUUCCCGAACCCAUGCAAUAUGAGUAUCGAUGCCAUCGCUUCCAUACGACGAGAAAUAUUUGUAUUUAAGUCAAAGUACUUUUGGUGGUUAAAACCCGACCGAUCUAUAGACAGGGCUGAGCCCACGGAAAUUAUCCACUACUGGCCAGAGUUGCCAAAGAGCUUAACUAAAGUGGACGCCGUCUUCGAGCGCCCCAAAGACGCCAAGAUUGUGUUCUUCAUCGAUAAACGCAUUUACGUAUUCAAUAGCAAAAAUCGUUUAGAGGGCGGAUAUCCACAACCGCUCACAUCCAUCGGACUUCCGGCAAAUUUGGAUCGAGUGGACGCGGCUAUGGUUUGGGGUCACAACGAACACGUUUAUCUGUUUAGCGGUUCCCAGUAUUGGUUGUACGACGCGGUCAAGAAUCGGGUUGACAUGGAUUACCCGCGAGACACGGCCUCCGUCUGGAAGGGAUUUCCCGUUCCCUUCGACUCCGCCUUCCAGUGGUCUAUAGACAAGAAUACAUACUUUUUCAAAGACCGACACUUUUGGCGAUUCGAUGACCGAAAGAUGCAGACCAGCGAUGGUUACCCGCUGUCUAUCGGCCCGUUUUGGUUCAAGUCUUUGCUCUGUCGCGACACA